AUGCCUCGCUUUGCAAAGUGCCCACGCCUCACCCUGGAGCAAGAGUUUCAGGAUUCAGAUGGAACACAGCAGCUGAGUGCUGAAGAGGUUUCCACAGCUGAAGAGGAGAAGGAGAACAUUUCCACAGGCUUCUCUGGCCUGUCCUCCUGCUCUUUGCCUUUAACUCUUUCUGCUUCCUCCUCCUCUCCUGUGAUCCCUAGCACCCCAGAGACAGAUGAUAAACCUGCUGCUGGGCUACUGAAUCUUUCCCAUUGUCCUCAGACCUUUUACUCCUCUUCCAUUUCAUGCACUAUAUCAGAACAGCCCAGAAGCCUAGCUGAGGAGAGUUCAAGCACCUUGCAGGCCUCCCAAGACACUGAUUUCUUGCCCAAAGACUCAGUAGAAGAAAAGGUGACCAAAUUGAUGAAUUUCCUGAUUCUGAAAUAUCGAUUGAAGGAAGCUGUCACAAAAGCAGAAAUGCUCGAGUUUGUCAUUGAAGAAUACCAGGACCAAUUUCCUGGGAUCUUUGAGAGAGCCUCUAAGUGCUUGGAGGUGAUUUUUGGCAUUGACAUAAGGGAGGUAGACCCUCCUAGUGACUUUUAUGUCCUUGUCAACUCACUAGGCCUCACGUCUUGUGAGAUGUUGAGUGACGACUUUAAUAUGCCUAAAACCAGCCUUUUGAUAGUUAUCCUGGGUGUGAUAUUCAUAGAGGGUAACUGUGCCUCUGAGGAUAGUAUCUGGGAAUUCUUAAGUAUGUUGGGAGUGUAUCCUGGGAGGGAGCACUUCAUCUAUGGGGAGCCCUGGAAACUCAUCACCAAUGACUGGGUGCAGGAAAAUUACCUGGAGUACCGGCAGGUUCCUGAUAGUGACCCCCCAAAAUACGAGUUCCUGUGGGGACCAAGAGCCUAUGUUGAAACUAGCAAAAUGAAAGUUCUGGAAUUUUUGGCAAAGGUGAAUGAAAGUGAUCUCAUUUCCUUUACCUACUGGUAUGAUGAGGCUUUGAGAGACGAGCAGGAGAGAUCCCAGGACAAGGAAGGCCCUGUGGAUAGCAAUACUGCAUGUUCAUUGCUCAGCAAUGAUAAGCAGUUUGUCCUAUCCCAGGUGAAUAGUGAGGCAGAUCCUUCACCCAGUCUUUGGAGAGAGUGGUUGGAAGAAAGCUGUCAAGUUUCUAAAUAG